AUGGCACACUGCCCCCAGGAUGAAUACUUUGAUAAUCUGCUGCUCUCCUGUACACCUUGUCAUCUUCGAUGUUCUAGCACACCACCACCUUUGUGUGAAAACUACUGUGAUAAGAGUACUGAUUCAAGUGGAGUUCUUUGGAUUUGUUUGGGCUUAGGAGUAAUUAUAGUCCUCACUCUGUUCACCUUAAUGGUCUUGUUUAAAUGGAAGCACAUGAAGCAACUAAAAGAAAAUCUGAAAAACACAGACUCUUCUUUGGAGCUGCACAAUAUUCUCAAGGCUAAUACUGAAAGCAGCAUGAAUACAGAAGGAAUUAGACACUCACUUCAAAGUGAAACAUUAAUGUAUUCGGUGGAAGAAUGCACUUGCAGUGAUUGUGGCUUGGUAAAACCUCAGACUGGCUGUGAAACUUUAUUUCCAUUACCAGCUACAGAAGAAGGAGCUACUGUUCUAGUUACCACUAAAUCUUUUGAUUAUUGCAACUAUAUUCUGGGUGCUGGAUGA